GCGGGCCUCCCAGCCCGUAUUCCACUCACUUUGUUCUCCGCCUUUGUCCUAAUCCACACCAGCAGGUGGAGCCGCAGUUAAAGUUUCCGAGUCCAUUUCGCGAGCGGGAGCCCAUCUUGCUCGCCGCUGAAGCCCUCGCUGGAGGAGGAGGGUCAGAGAUCGGGUGCAGCCAAUCGCGGGCAACGCUGCUAGUUAACAGAGCAGAAUGGGCUGUAGUUUAGUGAAAUAGGAAAGCUGCAAAACACUGUGGAGUGCUCCCGUGUAAAUAAAAAGAGGAAAAAAAAGUUUCUCAAGUCGCCGCUGCACGACGUCGGGCCGGCACCGGGGCGGGGGUCUGCGCUCUCGGAGCGGCCGCGCGCUGGACUUUAUUGUGCCGCAACGAGCCCGAUCCCCAUUGUUUGUGUUUUUUUCAAAAUAUGGCAAAGGUUCAGGUGAACAAUGUAGUGGUGCUGGAUAACCCUUCUCCUUUCUACAACCCGUUCCAGUUCGAGAUCACCUUCGAGUGCAUCGAGGACCUGUCUGAAGAUUUGGAAUGGAAAAUCAUCUAUGUGGGCUCUGCAGAAAGUGAAGAAUAUGAUCAAGUUUUAGACUCUGUUUUAGUGGGCCCUGUUCCUGCAGGAAGGCAUAUGUUUGUAUUUCAGGCUGAUGCACCUAAUCCAGGACUCAUUCCAGAUGCAGAUGCAGUUGGUGUAACAGUUGUGCUAAUUACUUGUACCUAUCGAGGUCAAGAAUUUAUUAGAGUUGGCUAUUAUGUAAAUAAUGAAUAUACUGAGACAGAAUUAAGGGAAAAUCCACCAGUAAAACCAGACUUUUCUAAGCUUCAAAGGAACAUUUUGGCGUCUAAUCCCAGGGUCACAAGGUUCCACAUUAAUUGGGAAGACAACACAGAAAAACUGGAAGAUGCAGAGAGCAGUAAUCCAAAUCUACAGUCUCUUCUUUCAACAGAUGCAUUACCUUCAGCAUCAAAGGGAUGGUCCACAUCAGAAAACUCACUAAAUGUCAUGUUAGAAUCCCAUAUGGACUGCAUGUGACAACCUGCCAUCCCUUUAGUGCAAACUAAGCUAUAAAAACAGAACUAUCUCCCUGAAAUUCCGUAAGUACAUAGUCAAGACACAAUGUGAAGAAUUUGUUUUAAAACAUCCUGUAGAAAGUUUAUAAGAAGACCAGUAUUUGAGCAAAUUGUGGAAUAUAAAUACAACUAUUUUUAAGUAAUUUUUUUCUCUUAUGUGUUAUUUUAUUUGUUCUGAAACUAAUCUGAUUAAAGCAUAUAUAUUAUUUUCUUCUCCUUUAAAUGUAAUUAAAGCACUUAUAAAAAGAAAAAUAUGAAUCAUUAGAUCAGACUGUGAAAAUGUCUUAGCCUUUUGGACAGUAAUCUUUGGACCACUAGCCUUUGAAAGAACAAAGUUCACUUCAACUAAAAAGUUUCUUCCUGUGAAGAUACACAGUGUGGUUUUAGUUUUAGUUUUAAGGGGCAAAAUUCCAUUCUUUAAUUAAAAGAUGCCCUUAAAAAGGGAAUUUGAAAUCAACUAUAUGAAUACCAAGAAUUUUAGGAUUCAGUUUUUCUAGGUCACCCUAACAUCUUGUGACUGUAUGGCUACUGGACAGCAUUUAGUUUUGUUUCUAAUAACAAAUGUGGCUAAUGGUUUCUAAGGUCUUCUGACUAUUGUUUUGUUUUUAUAACAGUUUAGGACAUCAGAGCACAUGAAUUAUAAGUCAUUAUUGUCCAGUGAUUUCAGCGUGUCAAGAGCAAAUACAAACUCCCAAAACUUAGAGAUUAUAAUGACUCAAAUUUGCUGAUUAGGUUUAUAAAAAUACUAUGAACUUUAAAAAUCUUCUGAUCAUCUAUUAUAGCACUUUUUAUAUAAAAACAGUGGGUUUAGAAAGGUAUACAUAGCUUUAAUCAUAAUAAGUUACUAUUUUGGAAAUAUGUACAUUUUCACACCUGUAGUACGCUUCGCCAAAUCCCCUGACACUCAAGAAAAAUACAAUCAGGCUUAUUUGUAGUUGACAUAUUCUAUUCUAGAUUGGUUUUCCAGAUCACAAGUUUUUGAAAAGCAACCUUGGAAAGAAAGUUAUUAAUUAUGUGAGCCAAAAUGUCAUUUUUGAGAGCUAGGUACUUCGUUAAAAAGUUUUAUGCUCCAUUAAAUAAAAAGUAGAAUAUUUUCAUUUGACUCUUGUUGCUAAGCAAGAUAGCCUAUGAUCAGGUUAUGCAGUGCCUUCAUAUCUAAAACUUUUAUACUGCACUUUUUAAAGCAUUUAUUUUGAGGAAAGGAAAGGGCAUUUGUCUAAAUAUAGACUCUUAAGGUGUAUAUAUUUCUGUCAUUCUGAUGUGAAUUUGUGAAGCAAAGUUUUGCUAAAUGUUGAACUUUGAAAUUUAAUACUCCAGAUUAGAAUAUUGUCCACUAACUAGAUUUUUUUAAGAUAAAAUACUUUCAAAUGUUAAACUAUAUGUAGAAAAGUUCAUUUUUGUCUAAUUGCAAUUAAAAGAAAAUGUUAAAAUAUCAAAACAAAAAUAAAAGUAAUACUUUCUAACAAA